UCUGAGCUCACACAGUCAGUGCCUGCUCGUCUCUUUCGCCCAGCAUUUCCCAUCAAAGAGGGGGGAUUUUCAAACAUCCUGAGUGGUUCAGUCCAGCUGCCCUCGUCGCACGAGGCCUCCGUGAAGAGACGUUCACCGCAUAAACUUUGCUGCGCAGGACGGAAGAGUUUAGAAGUGAGUAGGAGAGAGUUACAGAAAGGAGACCUUACAGUAACUGAGGAGAACAUCAGCCUGACUUCAUCCUCAGCAGCUGGCAGGCUGGCUAAGCAUGGGCUAGCAACCCUCAUUGCCACUGUGAAAGCUGAGAAGCCUGGACCGGAAGAGUAGGAUGAGCGUGUACACACUAAACCUCAGGGUGUUCUGGCCUCUGGUCACAUUCAUUCUCAGCGCCUUGCUUCUGCUGCAUCACCUCAUCCUGCGAGGCUCUGAGGAGAAAGGGGAUGGUUGUUCUGACCAGGGACCUGGAGCCAUCUUGCUGCUUAAGUAUGUUUUGGCUUUUGCUCUCUGCUACUUCUUCAUUAGGUACUGCACGUCUCAGCCUGGCUCUGCCAAGCGGGGCUUCCACAGGGUCCCUGAAGCAGCUGGUAAACCUGCAGUGCCUAAGAAGGAGCUGCUGGAAGAUCACUUUGAGAAGCAUGUGCGACUUUCCCCACACGUUCUAGGCCACAGCAAAGCUCACGUGGCUAAGCUAGUUAGUGAACUGGUGAGGGUGGGCCGGGCCGAUGUACCCCCUGAGUCCUCCCUGGCCUUUCGUGGGGACUCUGUCCAAAUUGGCAGCUCGUACGAAGAGCACAAGGUGGGUUCCCCAGACUGCUUCGAUAUCCUGGUACCCCUGCGCCUACCUCGUGGGCUUAAACUUGAGCCUUGCAGUUAUGCUGCCACCCAAGGAGGGAUGCCUCUAGUUACUUUGGAGACACCCCGAAAAGCUGAGUGGACGAGGCGCCACAAAGCAUUCACGGACACCUUUCUGCAUUUGCAAGGCACUGCAGGAGUCUACAGGCUAAGCCCGGAUUCUGUGCUCCGUUGGUUCUAUUCCGCUUCCCAACGCUGCCUCUCUGCUGUUCGUUACCCGUUUGAGCAGCGAUGCUCCCUCAGCCUGUCCCUCAAUGAGGGCCAGCGAGUCCAGCUGCACCUCACACCUCGCUCAGACUACGUUUGCUGCCACAUCUCCAUGGGCGUCCGGUUAAUCCCGGCUUUGCCCUUAGGUGACAACGCCUUCCUGGUUGCAGCCCCUGGAGCACAGAAAGGGGAGGAUGUGUGGACGGUUUACUUCCCAAGGCAGGAGCACAGAUUGCUGGACUUCCUCAAAAGCAAACUCCCAGCUAACUCCUGCCAUCUGAAGUGCCUUCAGCUGCUCAAGGAGGUUCGAGACCUAGGAGGCCAGACUUUGGACCAGCAAGCUGGGUCUGAGUGGAGGGGGGUGCUCUCCUCCUACGCCCUGAAAACUGCCUGGCUACGUCUGCUGCUCAGAACACCCCCUGAGGCCUGGGAAGAGCGCCACCUGGUGGAGAGACUGGAGGACUUGCUACGAUGCUUGAGAGACAGUCUGCAGGCCAGGGUUCUCCACCAUCUGCUUCUUGGUGGUGACACAGGACUUCUGCCUGAAUCCGUGGCUUUGCCAAAGCUCGUUAAGGAGAUGGUCCCAUCCAACUUGUGGGCAGAAUUCAGCGCUGCCUCUCUGGACCUGGUCUCUGCCCGCCUGGCCUAUUCGUGGACUCACCUCCAUCGCCUCAUACGUCUUGGACGUCCACAAAGGACCUCUCUUGGCCGAGGGGUCCAUUGUAAGCACAUCGACGCUGAGUAAAUCAUGAUCGCCUCAGAGCUUAUUUGAACACGCCUCAGGGGUAAACAUUUGUCUAACAUCAACUGAAGUUAUCUUGCAUCUUGUGGCCUCAGUUGAGUUUUAGUUCAAAAUAAUCGUUGUUUUUCUGGUACAAAGGGAAAAAACAUCUGAAUUAUAGGUUAAAAAAAUUGCAAGGAAUCUAUUUUUGAGAGCAGUAUUUUUAAAUGCAAUACAAAUGUUCUCCUGUAUCUCCUAAAUAUUUGUUCAUGCAGGAAAAAAGAAGUACUGUAAGUUUAGUUGGUACAAAUCCUCCUUCAUGUACUGUAACUCUGUGCUAAUUAGGGAGAUCGAUGUAAAAAAGGGUUUAUUCCAACUUCAAAAGCCAAUUUGCUGCUUUGUUUUCAGGUUGAAAAGUUUUUUUUAACACAAUUCUAAUUGGUACUCGUGCCUUUUGAAAGCAGUGCAUGCACAUUAUACUGAUUUCUUACAGCCCAUGGCUUGUUGGCUGUAUUCAUAGAUGUAGAUUGAAAAAUGUGUCCUAGAAGCUUUAAAACGUUCAUGUCUUCAUGGCAAAGUACAGCUCACAGGGCUGAAGUGUUAGUUCUGUGUUGACUCAGAGUCACCGUGAUGUCAUGGCUCCCGGGUGGUGUUGUCCGUGGGUAGUGAACAGUCAGAACAGGUUUAGCACCAAACAGCACACAUUUUUCCACACUCCCUCAGCAUUCAUAAGGCCAGCAUGAACCCACUGAUAUCUUAUAGGAGAGGACAAAAGCAGUGCAGGCCACUACAGGCCCUUUGGUGACAGGUAUCCUGUUGUUAGGAGCUGGCUAGUGGGAUUUUCUGUGAAGUGAAACCUCUGUUGACCCAGCUGACAUGGGGCAGUUUGAAUGAUAAUGUCUAUCUACCGCUUUUGAAAAUAUGGAACUGUUAGCAAGGCAGAUGCACACUCUCCUGUCCCCGGAGACGCACCUCUACUGCCUGUUGCCAUGGAGACGGGGUCUCUCAGGCAGGGGU